AUCAACGAGAGCACGGAGCACAUCCAGGAAUUAGUUAGUGCCUACAUACGUAAUAAUAAUAAUGUCGGAUUCGAAAGCGGAGUACAACUGGGGCGAUUUGGAUGUGCAGCAGUUGGAGGGCUUUGCAUCCGAAAUGUCCGAGUGGUCGAGCAAGGGGGACAUCUUCCUCACUGCCAGCGAGGAGUUCCCCACUCUUCAGCAGCAUCGGGAGCAGGUGGAGCAGAUCCAGCGACGUGGCAGCCUGAUUGUCAGCCAGGCGCAGCAGCAUUCCCAGAUAUUGGUCGCUAAUCUGUUCAAGGGCUUGAAGGUUGGAUGUGAGAAGCCCAUUUUUCCACCUCUAAUAACGGCUCCCAAGGCCUAUCGCUUCAAGGAUAUCUAUUCCAGUCGCAAGGAUCAGCUGAUUCGGGAGUGCAAGGAGCAGGAGCGUAAACUGCGUGAGUUUCACAGCCGACCGAUGCCUGAUUUUCGGCAGGUGCACCAACGCCAGGCCAACAAGGCAGUCGUGCAUCGAAUCACCUGUCCCACGACGCCCAAUGUGCUGAAGAAUUCGCGUGAUAUGGAAGAGAAACGUCGCUUAAGAGUCCUACAGCUGCAGAAGGAGCGGGAGGAGAAGUGCAAAAUGCAGAGGAAGCAGUUUCCGAAAGCCAAACCCAUUCCGCAGAGCAGUCGACAGCCCUUGAAGCCGUCGAAUCGUCCGUCUUCGGUUUCUCAGCUGAGAGUGAAAGUGGAGCCCUUCAAUCUGUCCGCCGAAUUGCGUGUCCAGCAGCGUCGUCUCUUCAACGUGCAGAAUUCCAAGGUGCAGGAGUCGAAGCGUCGGGAUUUGGAGGAGCAGCGCCAACGGGCGGAACGAGAAGCUUACCAAAAGCAACGCCAACUAACCAUGUUCCGAGCUCGACCCAACCCAUUUGCACUUUCCGCCCGUUGACCUGGGGGAUUUCCCCUACUUCUGCGUUCUUUUUUAUUCCGUUUUUGGAUUUCAUUUGGCUUUGGAUUUUUUGUUGCAAAUUUGUUUUGUUGUUCGAAGAAAUUAAAUUACUAUAAUCACCAGCA